AUGGACCAACCCUUGCCCGAAGGGAACCCCGUCUCAGUAUCCAGGUCUGGUCCGUCGAGUCCAGAUGCAGGCGCAGACACAAAUGCACAUCAGAAUGGAACGAUAGCGGCACCCACACGUGGUUCGGGACCAGCCUCCGAUGCGGACGUCGAUGUUGAUAGCGACUCUGCGCACCACGAUAUCAUGCAGCUCGACGAAGACAAUGAGGUUUCAAAAUCUACCGAACCUGCAAAUGCUGAGGCUCAACAAGAGACCAGACCUGAACAAGAAUCGCAGAACGGCGCAUCUCUGCAAGACGAUCGCCGUGAGUCGCAGACUCAGGUCGAGAUAGCCGCUCGAAACGGGCCGGCGAAUUAUAGCCUCUUCGACAACCCGCCAAACAUCGCACGGAUAAGACAAGUGUUAUUUGAAUGCAAAGACCCGAUCGAAAUCAGUUUCGAGGAGUUUGAGACGUACUGGCCGUUUAUCGAUAAUGUCUGGGUCAAGCAGAGAUCGAACUCAAGCAAAGAGGGACACUGUACGACGGACUAUUAUAUGUGUCGCCUGCGCCGUCCAACAUGCCGCACGUCUCAGGCUCGACCUUUACAGGAGGGUAAGCGGUCCAGGAAGAAAACUAUACGGGAAGGUGGAGUCUGCAAUUUUCAAAUCAAGGUCGUUCGGUUCGAAGGGGCAUAUUCGACAGUGACCAUUGCGAGAACACCUGGGAGCAGUCGAGUCCAUUCUCACGAUCUUGAUUACAUCGAUAAGGUGAAACGGAAUUCAGGGCUCAUGGAGUUUGCGCGAAGGGAGGCUGUCAAGGGCUAUCUGCCGUCGUCGAUUUUUACCAAAUUCCAAGAAGAGCCACAGAAGCUCCUUGAAGUUGGAGGUAAAUUCUUGACCGUCACUGACGUGCGCAAUGUUUCUUCCAAGUGGCGGAUCCAGAAUCCAGAGAUCAAACUGGUACCCCAUCACGGCUAUGAAUACCAGCAGGGACAUGGUAUCGUAAGAGUAAAUGGGACCAGCAAUCAAGAUGAGACACUACAUCAAGAAAUAGUCGAGCAGAACCGGAAACCGCCGCUGCCUCCAGAUACUCUACCUGCCCCCCAGUUUCCUCUAGACUUCCUAGAGCCCUACUUGCCAAAUCACGAUGAGAGGCGUCGACUCCCUCAUGUCACUCUAUCAUAUGCAUCAUCCAUGGAUUCGAAGGUUUCGCUCAUGCCGGGGAUGCAGACCGUGUUAUCGGGGCCGGAAGCAAAGCUCUUGACACAUUAUCUUCGGUCUCGUCAUGACGCCAUUUUGGUCGGCGUCGGGACCGUGCUUGCCGAUAAUCCUGGAUUGAACUGCCGGCUCGAGGGUGCAGGUGGUUUCGGUGGUCUUGGAAGAAUGUGGCAGCCCCGGCCAGUCGUCGUUGACCCUACUGGCAGAUGGGAUGUCCAUCCUGAGUGCAGGAUGCUCCGAACAGCGGUGGAAGGCAAGGGGAAAGCGCCCUGGAUAGUUGUCUCUCCCGGGGCCCAGAUUCACCCGCAGAAACUGAUGAUGCUUAAGGGAUACGGUGGAGACUACCUACGGAUCGUGGAAUAUAAUCAGGGCUGGCGACUACGUUGGGAGGCUGUUCUACGUGCGCUGGCUGCAGAAGGAAUACAGAGUGUCAUGAUUGAAGGAGGUGGAACCGUCUUGAGCGAGCUCCUAAACCCCGAAUAUUCUGAUUUCAUAGACUCGAUUAUCGUUACUGUUGCACCGACCUAUCUUGGGAGGGGUGGAGUGAACGUGAGUCCGGACUCCAAACAGGACGACGAUGGAAAACCAAAAGCUGCAUUGAGUCCAAGAGAUGUUACCUGGACCCCGAUGGGGCAGAAUGUCAUCAUGUGUGGGAAAAUCAGAGUCCCUCCUCCGUCUGAUGCGCCUAUUUCGUCUGGUAUAGAACGUGUUUCUCGCGAAGGGUCCUGA